AUGUCGGCACCACAACGAUUGACAGGCGAGCCGACCGCAGAGACGGUGCUCGCCGCUCUCGAUGCCGCACCCAACGGCAAGAUCGCCGACACUCGUCUCAUCGCACCCGAAGUCUCGACCGCUUCAGCGGACGCGGAAGCUGACCCGGCCAAGCGCUCGGAAGCCAACGAAGCCGUUUUCAAGGAGCGAGCGCGAUGGCAGCUUGCCCUUUCCGACGUGCUCAAGUCGCUGCUCAGCAAGGAGAUGGUAGUGACCGAAAAGCUGGAAGAAACAACAUCCGCUCCCCUUCCUGACGGAUUCGUGUUGCUCCAGAACGGCUCGCCAGAGAUCCGACUCGUCAAGGCACUGCCCGACGCCGAGGGUUCCGGCAAGUCGAUCGACGAGCUCAAGUCCCUUCUCGGCGCUGACGUGCUCAAAAACGGCCAAUCCAACGCCUUCCGCAACAAGUGGGCCAAGAAACUCCCCGACGGCACCUUCGGUCGUACCGAAGCAACACUCGGCAAGUCGGACGCCGACCUUCGCGACGAGAUUCAAGAGCAAAUCGCCGAGAUCCUCAAGACCGGCACGCUCGCCGCAUCCGAUGCGGACAAGAAGCUCGCCGAACUCCGCAAGCGCAAGCUGGUGGCCACGCGCAAGCUCGUCUUCUUCUCCAUCGCCAAAGGCCCCUCCUUCUCGCUGACGGUGCAGAAACUCGAGACGGAUCUGACGUUUGAGAUGCUCCAAUCGGGUUCGUGGGCCAGUGCGCCGUUCAAGAAGUACAACUUCAACGCCGAAGGUGCGGUUCCUGCCUCGGGGGCUUUGCAUCCGCUGUUGAAGGUGAGGAGGGAGUUCCGCAAUAUCUUCUUCGAGAUGGGUUUUACGGAGAUGGCGACGGAUCGAUUCGUUGAAUCGAGCUUCUGGUGUUUCGACUCGUUGUUCGUUCCUCAGCAGCAUCCGGCGAGGGAUGUGCAGGAUACGUUCUUCAUCAAGGACCCGCCCUAUGCGACGCACAUUCCGGAGGACUAUCUGAAGCGCGUUACGCAGGUGCACCAAGAAGGCGGAUUUGGAUCGGUUGGGUAUCGCUAUCCUUUCGACCGCAAGGUGACGGAGAAGCUGGUGCUGCGCACGCACACGACGGCGGUAUCCAGCGCAAUGCUGUACAAGCUCGCCAACCAACCAGGAGGGUUCAAACCCGCCAAGCUCUUCUCCAUCGACCGCGUGUUCAGGAACGAAGCCGUCGACGCCACCCACCUCGCCGAGUUCCACCAGGUCGAAGGCGUCGUCGCCGACUACAACAUCACCUUGGGCGACCUGAUCGGCUUCAUGGAGGUGUUCUUCAAAAAGAUGGGCGUCACGAAUCUGCGUUUCAAGCCGGCCUACAAUCCCUACACCGAACCGAGUCUCGAGAUCUUCUCGUACCACCAGGGACUCAAAAAGUGGGUCGAGGUGGGCAACUCCGGCAUGUUCCGGCCGGAGAUGUUGCGGCCCAUGGGGCUGCCAGAGGGCGUCAACGUGCUGGGUUGGGGAUUGAGCCUCGAGAGACCGACGAUGAUCCGGUACGCCGUGAAGGACAUCCGCGAGUUGGUCGGACACAAGGUGCCUAUUAGCAGCGUGGAGAAUGCUCCCGCGACGAGGUUCUAA